GGUCAGAUGGCCUCCAGCUGGGAGUUUCUGAGUUUGCCUGCAGCAGAUUCUAAAGAUAGUCUCCUCACAGGAAACCAGAUACUAUUGGCUAACUUUGCAAAUAAAGAUGCCCUCAGAGGGAGGGAAGGGGAAACACUUCUGGUGGAGCCUGCGUGAGACAGAGCGGCUGAUUGGCACGUCCAGAGCUUCUCCUCCGCCCAGGACCUCACCAUGACCACCCUCUACUCUGACUGGGCUACCGAAAGCUUUGAGUACGAUGAGUCUUCAGAAGCCUGUUUCAUAGGGGACAUCGUGGCCUUCGGAACCAUCUUCCUGUCCAUAUUCUACUCCCUCGUCUUUGCCUUUGGCUUGGUGGGGAACUUGUUGGUGGUAUGUGCCCUCACCAGCAGCCGGAAGCCCAAGAGCAUCACAGACAUUUACCUCCUCAACCUGGCCUUGUCUGACCUGCUCUUCGUGGCCACCCUGCCCUUCUGGACUCACUAUGUGAUAAGUGAACAAGGCUUCCACAACGCCGUGUGCAAACUCACGACGGCUCUGUUCUUCAUUGGCUUCUUUGGGGGCAUAUUCUUCAUCACUGUCAUCAGCAUCGAUAGGUACAUGGCCAUUGUCUUGGCCGCCAACUCCAUUAACAACCGGACUGUGCAGCAUGGCGUCACCACCAGCCUCGGCGUCUGGGCAGCAGCCAUCCUGGUGGCGGCUCCCCAGUUCAUGUUCACAAAGCAAAAAGGAAACGAAUGUCUGGGUGACUACCCCGAGGUCCUGCAGGACAUCUGGCCUGUGCUUCGGAACACAGAAGCCAACUUCCUUGGCUUCCUGCUCCCCGUACUUAUCAUGAGUUACUGCUACUUCCGAAUCAUCCAGACCCUGUUUUCCUGCAAGAACCACAAGAAAGCCAAAGCCAUCAAACUCAUCCUACUGGUAGUCAUCGUGUUUUUCCUCUUCUGGACACCCUACAAUGUUAUGAUUUUCCUGGAGACACUCAAGCUCUAUGGCUUCUUUCCCAACUGUGACAUGAAGAGGGACCUGAGGUUGGCCCUCAGUGUGACCGAGACGGUGGCAUUUAGCCACUGUUGCCUCAAUCCCCUUAUCUAUGCAUUUGCUGGACAGAAGUUCAGACGAUACCUUCGCCACCUGUCCAGGAAAUGCCAGGCUGUCCUGUGCGGCCGUCCAGUCCACGUCAGUUUCUCCCCAUCUGAGUCGCAGAGGAGCAGGCAGGAAAGCAUUGUCAGCAGCAAUUUCACUCACUACACGAGUGAUGGAGACGCGUCCCUCCUUCUCUGAAGGAUCCCCGAAGUCUUGUCUCUACAGAGCUCACAGUUCCUAAGUCUGACAUGGAAGACUGCGAACAGAUUUUUAUUGUUCCCCGAUGCUCACAAAACAACCUCAGAGUGUUUCUGCGAACUGUGCUCGAACUUGGAAUGAUUAAGGUCAAACAUGUCUCUUAUCGCAAUUGUUAGGACUUUCUUUAAAAAAUAUAAAUGAUGAAAAUUAAACCCAGACUAGCUUCAUUAAAAAGGGGGUGGUGAGUGUUGUUCACGUCGUGACAUCAGCAAAGCAGCGGCUGAGCCCUGAGAAUGAAGGGAAACUGUGGCUUGAAUGUAGCUGUAGGUCCCCCCCACCCCAGGUCCUCAGGUCUCUGAGUAGUGACAGGUCUUCCACUCUCACCACUUUAUCUCCAGAGAGGGGCCUCAUCCCUCCCUGGUCCCAAAGACAAAAUUCCCAGGGAGGGUUCUCAUUGGCCAACAGGGAUAAAGGGAGCUUCCAUCUGACCUCAUGGUUUGAGGUGCAGGACGGCAGGUUUCCAAGAUGCUGGAAGGGCUGGUACUGUUCUGAUCGGCCAGAGUAAGAGCUACACAACAUCCUUACCACCAGCCUGACCCAGCCUCUCCCCUGAUUGCACCAGCAGACACCAUUGCCAGCCUCGUCUUCCUUAACCUGCCUGCUUUCACGUCCUCAACUUUACAAGAGCUCUCCAUUUCUCACUGCAUCAAGUCCAAACUUACCAGCCUGACCUCUGAGACCCUCCGUCAUCCAGCCCCCACUGUACAUCACCCAGAUUCCCCACGGCCUCCCUUUCACACGACUCUACCCACCCUGUCAGCCAGGUCCCUGCCAGAUGAGCUCUGCAUCUCCACCUGCUCCCAGGCCCAGAGGGGAGAAAUAGAAAGAACCCUGCCCCAAAAUAAGAAGCAACGGAUUCCAAUUCCAACUCUGUCACUUGCCUAUGGGACGUUCCCUCAUCUGUAGAAGGAGGGUAAUGGUACCUGUUACCUAGAGAGCAUCCUUUCCAACAGAAGGAAUCAGCCACCAAUUCGUGCAGGUUCCAAGCCUCUUGUCUACUUCAUCUUUCCCCCAGCCUCGCACAGUUGCACAUCCCAAGUGGUGGUACUCACGGAGCUAGAGGAGCCUGCAGGCUCUGCUACAGGACGUAGGCCAGCCUCAGAGGGGACUGGUUUUUACAGCGACACUCAGUGGACACUUCUACAUCUGUGGGUUGACAACCUUCCCUGACCCAACCCUCUCAGGUGCCUCACGGGGCUGGUCAUGAGGGGAAAAAAAAAAAUCUCCAUUUCUCCAUUAUUCAUGACAUUGCCAACCUGGACAGCCAGGACCAUGGAAGCAGGUUUCUUUUUUCAGUAAACAUCUGGGAUGGCCUAAAACUUUAAAGCUCAAAAACUAUGUAAUAACGUUUAAAAAAAAAUUCAUGAUCUAACUGUGCAAAUAUUUUCAUUCCUACAUUUGCCCAUCCAGACCUUGCUCAUUCUCCCUACAUGCUGAGUUGCAGUCAUAAUGUGUAGUUUUAUGAUCUGCUCCUUUUAAACAUUAGAUCCCCACAACUUUUGUUUCCAUGUAGAUUUGUAACUCUCAUUUGAUUGCGUACUCAUUGAAGGCAGGUGAGGUGACUGAUCCAUUGCUGUGUAUUUAUACCUCCUUGGCAGUCUGCAUGUUUGUUUAAUCAACAAGAAAAUGAGUUAUAGUCCUUUGGGAUCAUGUACAAUAACUUCUGUUACUCUGUUGAUAAACAUUUAACUUGUUUCCAAUACUUAGCAAAUACAUAGUUUUUCAGCCCAUU